GUUCAAAGUCUGAGUUUGACACGUGAGACUGCCGUUGCUUUAGCUCUCCAUUGUGUAACUGAACUGCUGCUGGAUCCUGCCAAACACUCUCUGAACUUUUGUGCUGCUCAAUCAAUGCCCACACCACUUGAGCUGCUGAUUCUCACAGAGCUGGAUAACAGUCAGUCAUCCGUUUGCUUUGAAGGAGGCUGGAGGCACAAACAAGCUUGUGAACUCUGUUGACCGGAACGCUCUCAUGAUGUACCGACCGGCUUUGGUGGCACUUGCAGUGCUGCUCUGCUCUUCACCCUUUGUCCGUGGAGGUAAAGUCUUGGUGUUCCCCUUGGAUGGAAGCCACUGGAUCAACAUGAAAGUCCUUGUUGAGGAACUUCACUCCAGAGGUCAUAAAAUCACAUUGUUGUGGCCAUCUGACAGCUGGUACAUCAAGCAAGAGUCUCCUUACUAUGAGUCCAUCACUAUUGGUUCUUCUAUUGAUUUUGAUAAGAAAUGCUUUGAGUCAUUUGCAAACACAAUGAUAAACAUGCGGCGGGAAGGAGCUUCACUUUGGUCUCGUAUAUCUCUGGAGUGUGAGAUGGCAAACCAGUUUUCUCAGAUGCACAAUCAUCAGGUUCAGAUGGUAGGGGAGAUGUUUGAGAAUACCCAACUGAUGCAGAGCUUGAAAGAUGCCAUGUAUGAUUUGGUUUUGACAGACCCUGCACUUGGUGGAGGGGUGUUUCUUGGUCACCGUUUGGGUCUUCCACUUGUUUUCACUGUGAGGUGGACUGUUCAGGGGGAUGGUCAUGAUGCAAUUGCCCCUUCCCCAUUGUCAUAUGUCCCAAUGCCAGCGUCAGAGAUGACUGACAAGAUGACUUUUACUCAAAGGGUCAAGAACUUAAUUAUCUAUCUCUUCACACAGUUUGGAAUUUGGUAUAUCACAUAUUCAAACUACACACCAUUUGUUCAGCAUUACUUUGGAAAUGAUGUUGAUUACAUGGAACUUUUUCAGGCAGCAGACAUCUGGCUAAUGAGGAACGAUUUUACCUUUGAGUUUCCAAGACCCACAAUGCCAAACAUUGUCUACAUGUCAGGAUUUCAGUGCAAACCCUCCAAGCCCCUGUCUAAAGAAUUAGAAGACUUUGUUCAGAGCUCUGGUGAACAUGGUGUUAUCGUUAUGACAUUGGGAACCCUGGUGGCAGAACUUCCUGAGGACAUUACUGAGGACAUUGCCGCUGCUUUUGCCCAACUUCCUCAGAAGGUGAUCUGGAGACACAAAGGCAAAAGGCCAUCAACCCUCGGAAACAACACCUUACUUUUGGACUGGUUACCUCAAAACGACCUGCUGGGUCACCCCAAGACCAGAGUGUUUGUGGCCCACGGAGGCACCAAUGGAAUCCAGGAGGCCAUCUACCACGGUGUACCCCUUGUGGGCCUGCCCCUCAUGUUCGACCAGCAUGACAACUUCUUCAGGAUGAAAGAAAGAGGUGUGGCCCAAGUCCUGGACAUUGCAACUGUCAACAAAGACAACUUCCUGGAGGUGCUGAAGGAGGUACUCUAUGAUCCAACAUACAGGGAGAAGAUGAGGGUGCUGUCUAACCUGCACAGAGACCAGCCCAUGAAACCACUGGACAAGGCCAUGUUCUGGAUCGAGUUUGUGAUGAGGAACAAAGGAGCGGCCCAUCUAAGGACAGAGUCUUACAAGAUGUCUAAGAUCCAGUACCACUCGAUCGAUGUGGUUGCAUUUCUACUUGCAGUUAUAUUGCUAGUAUUCACAGUUUUUAUUUAUGCAGUUAAGGUUUUGUGGCAAAGUUUGUUUUCUAGAAGCAAAGUCAAAAGUGAAUGAUGAAUAUACUGCUAUAUGCGUAGUCGGCCAUUUUUGUAAACAUUUAUAUUUUGUAACUAGUCCGAACUGUAUUAAGAGUUUUGAACAGGUCUUGCAUUGGUAUCCUAACAUGCUUUAGUGUGUGUAUACAGGUUUUAGAAAAUGUUCUUGAUAUAAAAAAUAUAUUAUUAUUUCAUUAAAAGCUGUAUCCUACGAUUGUCUGUUACUAACACUGGGGGGAGGAUUACUUGGUUUUUAGCUUUGAUAUAAUGUUGUUGUGUGAUUGUUUCACGGAUCUAUGUGUCUAUCAGAAGGUAAAAGGACAGGACAUGUUGUGAAAUGAAUAAUAAUCAAUAUCAUUUUUGUUCAAUAAAGGAAUAAAUAAA